AUGAAACCAACAAUAUACAAAAUAAUAGCCAUCAAUUUACAAAACCAACAAGCAAGAUCGACAGAAACAACGAGAACCGACCGGAGCAUCGGUACCAAGGCGUGCAAAGAGGUUAUGAGCGGGAGGGUUCGCCUACCAACCAGAGCUAGACAAGGGAGGAGACCGCAUGAUAAAAGAAGGGGAGACAGGAGCCGGCAGGAGCGAGCAGGACCGAGCCGGGUAGAAGCAAAAGGGGAGCAAGACCUGGACAAGCUAGGAGAGCCAAUGACAAGGGCACCCAUACAGACCCAACCGGAAUCGAAGCUAGAGCCCACCCAAACCAACGAAGUAGACUCCGCAACCGGACUCGAAUAG